AUGCCCAGAUCUUCCAGUCUGGACAUCCAGGCGACGGGUCCGGAACACCGAUCCCAAACCUGGACACUGCCCAUCCUUGUGGCGGCCUGCCCCGCUGUCAGAGAACAUACCAAGGAGUUAAGGAAGGAGAGAGUGGAGGACAGUAUGUUUGAGGUGAAUGAGAACUACACGCGUGUGUCAGAGUUUGUGAUCGUGGGCUUCCCAGGGCUCCAUCCAUCCUUAAACCAGCUGGUGGCCUGGUUCUUCUUCUUCAUCUAUGUGACCACGGUGGUGGGGACCAUCCUGCUGGUGGUGCUGUUUGCCCUGGAGCGCAGCCUCAGACCCAUGUACAUCAUCAUGCUCAGCCUGGCACUGUCAGAUAUAGGCGUAUGCACGGUGUCCCUUCCCAAAGUGAUAGCUCGGUACUGGUGGGACGACGCUGGCAUCUCUUUCUAUACGUGUCUGAUACAGAAACAAUUCAUCCACUACUUUGGAACACUCACCUCUCUCAUCAUGAUGACCAUGGCUAUGGACCGAUACCUGGCUAUCUGCUUCCCUCUCAGGUACACUGAGCUGAUGACCAACAGGACCAUGUCUAUUCUAACAGCCCUGUCCUGGGUGUCAGCCAUGAUAGUUCCAGGCGUCACCACCAUCCAGACAUCCCAGAUGCCUUUCUGUGGGCCCAACCGCAUCAUCCACUGCUACUGCAACACCUUGUCAAUGAACCAGCUGUCGUGUGCUGACAUCUCGUCCCAGAGCAGAUUCCCAGCUGUCGUAUCAUCUCUCUGUACUACGUCCCCGGUGCUGUGUCUACACCAGCAGCAUCUCAACUUCUCCAUCAGCCAGGACUUUGUUAUCGAGCCAAACCCUUGCUCUACAGGCAGUCUGCUGCCGCCCCUCCUCAACCCCUUCAUCUACUGCCUCCGUACCAAGGAGAUCAAGGCUUCCCUGGCCAAGUGGGCCUACCGAGUGCAGUCCAACGCACAUCACAAACCCUCCAUCCACCCCAUAGCCUGCUGA